AGGUUCCAUUUCCGGCACUUCCCGAUUUUGGAGGAUUUUGGAUUUGCGGCGAAAGGAAAGCAGCAUGGCUGACUCGCAGGGUUUGGUUCAGUGUUACAACAAGGGUUGCGGCCAGAAAUUCGACCCUAGAAAGAACAACGAUUCUGCCUGCACAUACCACGCGGGUGAGCCCAUCUUCCACGAUGCCCAGAAGAGCUGGUCCUGUUGUAAGAAGAAGUCGACGGACUUCACGGUGUUCCUCAACUUCCCUGGCUGUACCACCGGUUGUCAUAGCAACACCAAACCCGUGGAAUCGUCCAGACAGAACACCAACUCAGGAGGCAGGAAUGAGGUUAUAGAAGUCAGGGCACCACUGCCCAAGGAAGUUAUGGAUAGGCCAAGCCCAAAAGAGCCCCUACAAAGGUUAAAAACCACACUGGGUGCGUCUCUGAAACAGGCCUUAGCCAAACAGAAACCGGCAACAGAAGGGUCAGGGGAGAUCUCAGCGGACGGCGUGGUGUCCUUCGGAACGACGUGUAAGAACAACGCCUGUAAGAAGACGUACGAGGAUGAUCAGAGUAACGAGGAGGACUGCUGGUAUCAUCCCGGCACGCCCACCUUCCACGAAGGUUACAAGUUCUGGUCCUGCUGUACCAAGAGGACGACUGACUUUAAUGAGUUCCUGAGUCAGGCUGGGUGCAGUAAAGGAAAACAUGUCUGGAUCAAGGAAGAGGGUGACACUAAAAAGGUGGCCUGUCGGUUUGACUGGCAUCAGACUGGAGCUUUAGUUGUCAUCUCCAUCUACGCCAAAGUCUGCGACCCGGAAAAAACAUUUGUGGAGGCCAACAGAGUCAGGGUAAAGAUGAAUGUUGUAUUUGACCAGGGGAACAGUCAGUUCCAGCAAGAUGUUGUACUUAGAGGGAUGAUUGAUGUAGAAAAGAGUACUGUGAAUUUACUGGGGACAAAAGUGGAGGUCAAGUUGAGAAAACUAGAACCCGGGAGCUGGGCAAGUCUGGACAUGCCCGGGCAGGCGGACCUGGACCAGGAGGAGCAUUGUUGGUACCAUUACCUCCAACCACAGGAGAUAGAACAGGGGAUGGUUGACCUCAGUGUCCAGCCUGGAACCGCCGAAGUGGAGGAAGAAAGAGCCGACGGGAAAAAGACCUUCGUUGUGAGAAACCAGAACGCAGAGCCCGAAGCUUCAACAGAAGCGAAAGCGGACAAGAAACCAAAAAAGGCCGCAAAAGCUGAGGAGAAGAAACCGCUGACCAACGGGACAAGGUCGAAGAAUGUCAAUCAAGUGGAGAGUAUCGAUGACCUUGAGCCAGAUGUGCCCAAGAUGUCCGACCUCACCAAAAACUUUUUCCCAGGUCACAUGACAUCCGAAGAUGACCUUGAAGAGCUUCGGGAAAUUCUGUCGCCUGAGGAGUUUGAGGAGGCGAGGGUUGCUGCUCGGGAACAGCUGCAGCUGCUGAAGCACAUGGAGAAACAGAAGUCCCUCAAGCAGCACAACCAGAGCGCCUGGGAGAGGAUGAAGAUGGCUGAGGGAGGAGAAGAAGAAGAAGAUGAGGAGGAGGAGGGAAAGAAAGAGGACAUCACGUCAGACAUCGAGGGGAUGAGGCAGAGCAUCCGAUCCCAUCAGAGGGACAUGAGAUCUGCAGAAAAGAAAAACUAAGUCUUAGCAUGAAAAUUCAUCUGUGUUGGUACAAAUCAUUAUGAAAUAAAGACUGAGCUUUAACUUCCAACACUAGAUACAGAAUU